UAUUAAAAUAAGCACCGUAAAACCACAUCAGUGGUUUAGCUGCUGUCUUAUUUGUUAUUUUCUUUUUUUAUUGGGUUGUUGUUGUUAGCCAGAAACCUCUUUUUGUGUGGAUCCACUAAAGGUGUUAAAUCCUAGUUUCAGAUGUCCAGAAGAAGAUUUUAAAAUGUAUACAUUUAAAUCAAUGCAUCCUCUUUAUUUUGUAUUAUUCUGUCCCCAGGCAAAGUUCCUCCCACACAGUGGUGACUCCACUUUGGCCAUGUGUGCCCGAGAUGGACAGAUCAGAGUGGCUGAGCUUUCUGCCACACAACGUUGCAAGAACACCAAAAGAGUGGCUCAGCACAAAGGUGCAGCUCAUAAGCUUGCACUGGAGCCAGACUCUCCCUGCUCUUUCCUCUCCGCUGGUGAAGAUGCAGUAGUGUUCGGCAUUGACCUGCGUUUAGACAGACCUGCCAAUAAACUGGUGGUGGUGAAGGAAGGUGAAAAGAAGGUGGGGCUUUACACCAUUUUCGUGAAUCCAGCCAACACUCAUCACUUUGCUGUAGGUGGAAGAGACCAGUAUGUCAGGAUCUAUGACCAGAGAAAAAUAAAUGAACACGAUAAUAAUGGUGUGCUGAAGAAGUUUUGUCCCUCUCACUUGGUGUCCAGCGAGUCCAAAACAAAUAUUACCUGUUUAGUGUACAGCCAUGACGGCACAGAACUGCUGGCAAGUUACAAUGAUGAGGACAUUUACCUUUUUGACUCCAGCCACAGUGAUGGAGCAGAUUACCGCAGGAGAUACAAGGGUCACCGCAACAAUGCUACAGUGAAGGGAGUUAACUUUUACGGUCCCUGUAGUGAGUUUGUUGUCAGUGGCAGUGACUGUGGACACAUCUACCUGUGGGAUAAAAACUCUGCUCGUGUGGUUCAGUUUAUGGAGGGAGACCGGGGAGGAGUGGUGAACUGUCUGGAGCCACAUCCUCAUCUUCCAGGUUUAGCCACCAGUGGUUUGGACCAUGAUGUGAAGCUAUGGGCACCCACUGCUGAGAAUCCCACAACACUAAAGGGACUUAAAGAG